AAACAACAUCUGAAGCAGCAGCAGCAACAACAAAACCUUGACCGCACACACGAUUUUUGUAUUGUUUUUCGUAAGCGAUGCCGAUUUCCGGAUUUCGCAAGUGCUUCGAUCUAUGAAGUGAAGUUUUCGAAGAGGUGGGGGACGGACUUUUAAGCGAUGCAUCCGGUCCACGUUCUUCGAGUUGGCUGCGGCGGUUGAUGGGGCGGUUCCGAUGAGACACCCCAGCACUAUCCCCAUCCCCAUCCAUCUCGCAGAAUUUACGAACUUACGAUCUUACAAUGAAUGGGCUGGGUUUGAGGCCGACCAUAGGUCGACCACCGACGACGAAGACAAGAUGAACCGGCUCCGGACGACAUUCAAACGUUCGCGGACGCCAACUGGGGCCGAGAUGAAGACGCAGAGCAGCCUGGAGGUACCCAAGCAGGUGAGGAGCGCCUCUUUCGACGAGAUCCAGUUGGAGGCGAAAAGGAGUCAGAACAGUCUGCAGAACAGCCCCGACUCCUCAUCCGGCAUUGGAUCUCUGCUGCGAGUGCCGCAGGUCAGCCAGAGGUCUCGGAGCGUGGACUCGGGUGCCUCUACCAGCGAGGAAACGAGCAACUUCCUCGAGGUGCCCAGACGGUUCCAGAGACGGCGUUCUUCAGGUUCCAAGUCGCCCACGUGCGUUCAUUGCCUCUGCGUAGAGGAAUACAGCAAACGAGUGCAGGACGAAGAACCACUUUCUUCACAGAAUACGACCUCAAUUACCGAUAUACACAGCGAUUACAGCGAUGAUUGUGAUGAUGAUGGUGAUGAUGAUAAUGAUUUCGAAGAGGAUGAAGAGGAGGCGAUGUUGGCGGUGCAGGUACCAGAAUGCAGCAUCACCGUCACCUUAUCUCCAACGAUUCCGACGCCCCAGAGCGAAUCUUCUCCUCCAUAUCCACUAUCACCUAAAAUUGAGUGCUUCCCCGCGGACGACCUUCCAACCACUCCGACGAGACGGAGGUCCAUACACCGGCAAGAGGCAUUUUUUGCGGAACCUGGUUCCACGGAAAAUGUCUCUGAGCCGUCUUCGGAUUGCAACUCGGAGAUAGCCGCAGCCUCCAACGCCGUCUCCGAGAGUCCUUUCGAUGGACGUUCGGAUGUCUCGCCAUCCGGCGAUUCCGCGAAUGAUUCGACGAUGAUCAUUCACGUCGGCAUGACGAAUCGCAACGUGUACCUCGAGGUGCCCGACGUUAAACGGGACCGCGCAGCUUCCGUGGACUCCUGCUUUUCGAAGGUGUCUCAGCAGAAGACGGAAGAAGUCAAGCACACGGGGAUAAGCCUCGAAGUGCCGGCUGGACCUAGCGUGAAUCUGAGGUCACGAUCUGUGGACAUCGUACUGCCCACAGAUGAGCAGGCCAGGUACAAGGCACUCGCGAUGGCCGUACCUCCUCCAACAAAUAACAUCAACAUCGCAACUCCAGUCGCAUCAUCCAUCGGCGACGAGGUAGUUGAGGUGAGAAGGUUCCAAUUCGAUUUUUUAUAUUAUUUAAAGAAUUGUUGCUCCUCCUCCGGCCAUAGCCAUUUUGAAAAUGAAUACUUACCAUUGAAUAUCACAAGGGGUCCGGAAGGCGAGAGAGUACUUCGCGCGACUCCAGAUUGGGCAGAUACUGCCAUCAGUGGAGAUCACCUCUGGGUGCCGACUUCCGUUUCCGGUGACUUUUGUUACGUCGGCGACGCGGAUUGCACUAAGCACGGUCCGCGCUUGAAAUGCUCCGCCUGCAACGUCGUGGUUCAUCACAGUUGCCUGGGCAAUCUGUUGGAUCGACUAAAGUUCACCUGCAAACCCAGUUUCCUGGAUUCCAGCGUACGACAAUACAGAGAGCGUACAACCAUCCAACACCAUUGGGUCCAUCGAAGAUCAGAGAAAGGAAAAUGCCGACAAUGUGGAAAGUCGUUCCAAUCGAAACUGUCGUUCAGUAAUAAGGAGAUCGUUGCGCUGUGCUGCUCUUGGUGCAAGGUGGCCUACCACAACAAGGAGUCAUGUUUCAAUGUACAGAGGAUCGAAGAGGAUUGUAAGAUGGGAGUGCACUCCACGAUAAUCGUUCCACCCGUGUGGAUUCUGAAGUUACCCAAAAAAGGUGCGUUCAAAUCUUCGCUGAGAAAGUCGCCGAAGAAGCGAUCCUCAAGCAAAAAGAAACCUAAAGAACCUAAACCUAAACCCAAAGAUCCGAGGUCGUUCAUAAUCAAGCCGGUACCGUUGACCGGCAUCAGACCAGUCAUAGUAUUCAUCAAUCCGAAGUCGGGCGGCAAUCAGGGCGCUAAGCUUCUGCAGAAGUUCCAAUGGCUGCUGAAUCCUAGACAGGUGUUUGAUCUGACCCAGGGAGGACCGAAAAUGGGCCUGGAGAUGUUCAAGAACGUUCCGAACUUGAGGAUCUUGGCAUGCGGUGGUGAUGGCACAGUCGGUUGGGUGCUGAGCGUCAUCGAUCAAAUCGAAAUCAGUCCGGUGCCGGCGGUUGGAGUGCUUCCAUUGGGCACCGGAAAUGAUUUGGCAAGAGCAUUGGGUUGGGGCGGCGGAUACACGGACGAACCCAUCAGCAAGAUCCUCACGAAUCUUGCGUCCAGCGAUACGGUGCAGCUGGACAGGUGGAGUUUGGAGGUGGAGAAGAAUCCGCAGAGCGAAGGUGGAAAAGAUGAUGGAAAAGAGAAUUUGCCUCUGAACGUCGUGAAUAAUUACUUCUCGAUGGGCGUCGAUGCUCACAUCGCGCUUGAAUUUCACGAGGCACGGGAAGCGCAUCCGGAGCGCUUCAAUUCCCGCCUACGAAAUAAGAUGUUUUACGGGCAGAUGGGCGGAAAGGAUUUGCUGAGGCGAAAGUGGAAGGGUCUGGCGGAAUUAGUCACCCUCGAGUGCGACGGCAAAGAUCUGACGCCGAAGCUGAAGGAGCUCAAGGUGCACGCCGUCGUUUUCCUGAACAUUCCCAGUUACGGCGGAGGAACUCAUCCGUGGAAUCGUUCAAUGGGAUCGUCAGAUCCCACAACCGACGAUGGUCUCAUCGAAGUCGUCGGACUGACGACGUACCAACUGCCCCUGCUGCAAGCUGGAGGACACGGAACGUGCAUAACUCAGUGCAAAACGGCGCGGAUCGUUACUUCAAAGACGAUCCCGAUGCAAGUGGAUGGGGAGGCAUGCAAGCUGGCUCCUUCCAUAAUCAAGCUCUCCCUCCUCAACAAAGCAACGAUGCUGGCUAAGAGGAAGGGCGGAAAAGUUAUGGAGCUGCCUGCGGAUCAGCUCAGCCCCGUCACUCUACCGAUCCUCAAGAUUUCCAUGUCGGAUUACGAGAUGAACCACUACGAUAAAGAUCUGCUCACGCAGGCGGCCCAAAACGUGGGACAGCUCGAUAUCAAUCCCGCAUCGGAUUUGGAUCAGAUCCGAGGCGAAAUCAACAAAUUGCUUGGAGAGUCGAAUCGCGAUUGGUGCUUCGUGGACUCAUGCACGGCAGAAAGGUUUUUCCGCAUCGACAAGGCGCAGGAAAAUCUACACUACGUGGCUGACAUCUCCACAGAGGCCCUUUACAUCCUUGAAUGCGAGAUUGUCGUACCGCAAACGCCCACCGACGACGACCCAGCCACAAUAUCCACGAUCAGCUCCAACAACUGUAUCAUCCCGGAGAUGAGAGUCAGCGACGAGGGCAGUUUAGAUUCACCCAGUGACCAACCGCCGAUGUCUCCGAAGGUCGCCCAGAGUCCCGAAGACGUGCCAACAACAACAACAACCAAGGAGUUGUCCAACGGAGACAGCAAGCAUCCAUCAUCGCCGCAGCAAGGCAUUAAGAUCCGAAGCGUCUCUGAACGACUCUUUGGCUUAUCUCAAGAAUCUUACAACACGUUUAGCCUGAAUGAGAAGCCGAGCGAUUUACUGCUGAGGGCUGCGAGACUCGGCGAUCUGCAAACCAUUAAAGAAUUGCACACGCAAGGAUAUUCGCUCUUGAGCAAGGACGGAGGAGGGCAGACGGUGCUUCACAUCGCGGCCAGGUUCGAUCAAAGGGACAUCGUGAAGUAUUUGCUGGGACAGGCGCCCAGCGUCCUGAUCGACAUGAAGGACUCGAACCUCGGCCAGACGGCUCUCCACAAGGCUGCAACCUACAAAUGCAGAACGGUUUGCUGCAUGCUCGUCGCCGGUGGAGCUUCCCUCACCAUCCUCGAUAGCAGAGGUCUGACUCCUCGACUUUUGGCUCUUCAGGCGGACGAUCACGAACUCGCCGCUUACCUAGAAAGUCAAGAACACUACCAGAUCGUCUCCGCUGACGUCGGAACGACCGUCUAGGAAAACAAGAAACCAAAAACAAAAAAACUAUUUCUUCUAGCAAUAAGAUUGGGACUUCCAUCCCGACUUAUAUUUAUUAAUUAUUAAUCUCUCCUCUAUUUCGAAUUGCCUUAAACAAUACGAUUUUUAAGAUAGUUAAAACAAAACAGAUAUAUUUAAAAAAAAAAACAAAGUUAAGGUAAAGAGAAUCUCAUUAGGGUUUUUUCAAUUAGCUGUAAAACGAAAAA